GAGACGUGCUUAGGAAACCAGGCUCCUGCAGCUCUGUGCGGCGGCUGAUGCCCGGGUCCUGGGCGUACAAAGACUGAGAACAGAAAGAGCCGCCUGCUCAGCGGCGGCGGCUCGUGGGCUGGGAGCUUCGCAGCCGGAGGGCUGCGGCGGGGCGGCGAGCCCCUGGCCGUCCCCGCUACCCGCUACGGCCGGCUGCUCCUGCUGGCUGCCGAGCUGCCCGCGGCUGCCCCCUCUUCGGCUUCCAUGCAAAUGAGGGAAGAGCCGGGGCUGACGUGCGGGCUGGGGAGGGGGAGGCGGGACACGCCGGGCUGAGUGGCAGCGCCGGGGAGAGAGGAGGCGGGAGAGCCGGGCGGGUUCAGUGACUGAGACAAACUGGAGGCGAGAGGAGCUGGUGCUGUCCACGGCGCUGCUGGUGCUGAACCCGGGACCGCGCGCCCGCUCCCCCCCUCGCCCGCCCCAAAGGCCAAACCGCCCCCACCCCCUUCCACUCCACCCCCCACCCGCCUAGGAGCAACUUGGCAAAGGAGCUGUUGGCCCCUGGAAGAGAUUCCCCCGGCUCUGCUGCUCCUGGGCGCCCGGCUAGACGAGUUCCUGGGGAUUGCUUCAGAGUUUUACCCAAACUGUUGGCUCCCUUUUCUCUCCAUUGCCUGAUCCCAGUUUGGAAGUGUGGUGAAAAGAAAUAUUUCUGUAUGCACCAUUCUUGCCAAAGGACACAACCUUUUCUUCUGGGGGACUUUUGUGACUGUUAGACCAGGAGGAAACCAGUAAGGAUGUUUAUGUGGUGGUCAGCUGUUUUAUUUCUUGGAUGCAUUUUGCUGGGAGCAGAAGGUUGGCCAGCCAAGGAAGGAUAUGACUUUAAGCCCUAUCAGCCUCUAGUAAGAUUACGCCACAAGCAAGAAAAGAGUCAAGAAAGUUCAAGAAAUAAAGGGCACAUUGAUCAGGAUGGCCCCUUUGGAUCUUGUGAAAAUAAAUACUGUGGUCUAGGUAGGCACUGUGUUGUUAACAGAGAGAUUGGCCAAGCUGAAUGUGCAUGCAUGGAACACUGCAAAUCUCACUACAAGCCUGUGUGUGGUUCUGAUGGAGAAUUCUAUAAAAACCAUUGUGAAGUGCACAGGGCUGCCUGCUUGAAAAAGCAAAAGGUUACCAUCGUUCACAAUGAAGACUGCUUCUUCAAAGGGGACAAGUGCACAUCCACUGAAUACAGCAAAGUGAAAAAUAUGUUGUUGGAUCUACAAAACCAGAGAUACAUUGCGCAAGCAAAAGAAAAAAAUGCUGAAGAUAAAAUGAUUUUAAAGAAAUUGCUGGUGGAUCAAAUGUUUAAAUAUUUUGAUUCUGACAACAAUGGACUUGUGGACAGUAAUGAACUCUCUCAGGUAAUAAAACAGGAUGAGCUUGGCAAGGAUCUGUCUGACUGCUCUCUAUUCGAUCUGCUGAAAUAUGAUGAUUAUAACGGUGACAAGCACCUACUUCUAGAAGAAUUCUACAGAGCAUUUGAGAUUGUUCAGCUGAGUCUGCCAGAUGAUCAGAAAAUAAGUGUCACUACAGCAACAGUAGGACAAAGUGCUGUCCUAAGUUGUGCCAUUCAGGGAGCCCUGAGACCUCCUAUCAUCUGGAAAAGGAACAAUGUCGUUCUAAAUAACUUAGAUUUGGAAGACAUCAAUGAUUUUGGAGAUGAUGGGUCCUUGUACAUUACUAAGGUUACCACAACUCACAUGGGAAAUUACAGCUGCUAUGCUGAUGGCUAUGAUAAUCUCUAUCAGACUCAUAUCGUCCAAGUAAAUGUUCCACCAGUCAUUCGAGUCUAUCCAGAGAGCCAGGCCAGAGAGCCUGGUGUGACAGCAAGCCUCCGAUGCUACGCUGAAGGUAUCCCAAACCCACAGCUUGGUUGGCUGAAGAAUGGAAUUGAUAUUACUCCAAAGUUAUCCAAACAGUUAACCCUUCAAGCAAAUGGCAGUGAGGUUCACAUUAGCAAUGUGCGCUAUGAAGAUACAGGAGCGUAUACUUGUAUUGCAAAGAAUGAAGCAGGAGUGGAUGAAGACAUUUCUUCUCUCUUUGUGGAAGAUUCUGCUCGGAAGACCCUUGCAAACAUAUUGUGGCGAGAGGAAGGUCUGGGAAUUGGGAACAUGUUCUAUGUGUUUUAUGAAGAUGGAAUCAAAGUGAUACAACCUGUAGAAUGUGAAUUUCAGAGACAUAUUAAGCCCAGUGAAAAACUCCUUGGGUUUCAGGAUGAAGUUUGUCCCAAAGCUGAAAGAGAUACUGUUCAGAGGUGUGUGUGGGCAUCUGCUGUUAAUAUCAAAGACAAGUUCAUUUACGUAACUCAGCCUACUUUGGACAGAGUGCUUAUUGUUGAUGUACAAUCCCAAAAAGUUGUGCAGGCAGUAAGCACAGACCCUGUUCCAGUGAAACUACACUAUGACAAAUCACAUGAUCAAGUAUGGGUGCUCAGCUGGGGAAACAUGGAGAAGAAUUCACCGACAUUGCAGGUAAUAACACAGGCCAGUGGAAGUAUUGCUCACCACACAAUCCAUACUCAGCCCGUGGGAAAACAGUUUGAUAGAGUGGAUGACUUUUUCAUUCCAACUACAACCCUAAUCAUCACCCAUAUUAGGUUUGGAUUUAUUCUUCACAAAGAUGAGCCUGUGCUCCAGAAAAUUGAUCUUGAAACUAUGUCAUACAUCAAGACAAUUAGUUUAAAGGAUUAUAAUUGCAUUCCUCAGUCUCUGGCUUAUACACACCUCGGAGGAUAUUAUUUUAUCUGCUGCAAGCCUGAUACAACUGGGGCCAUUCUACCACAGCUUAUUGUGGACAGUGUCACUGAUUCUGUGAUUGGAUACAAUGGUGAUGUGACAGGCACCCCAUAUAUCUCUCCAGAUGGGCACUCCCUUGUCAGCAUUGAUGAUGUGAAAGGUCUCAUGAGGGUCCAGUCCAUUACAAUCAGAGGAGAAGUACAGGAUGCAUUUGAUAUUCACACUAACUUGCACAUAUCUGAUGUUGCUUUUCAGCCAUCAUUUACUGAAGCCCAUCAGUACAACAUCUAUGCUAGUUCCAGCACACAAACUGAUGUGCUCUUUGUAGAGCUCUCCUCUGGCAAAGUGAAAAUGGUGAAGAGCCUUAAAGAGCCUGUCAAGACAGAAGAAUGGCCAUGGAGCAGUAAGAACCGGCUAAUCAAGGACAGUGGUCUCUUUGGCCAGUACCUUAUGACACCUUCCAAGGAAUCCCUGUUUAUCCUGGAUGGAAGACUCAAUAAGUUAAAUUGUGAAAUCACUGAAGUUGAGAGAGGCAACACAGUAAUUUGGGUUGGAGAAGCAUAAGGAAUCAUAUUAGAUAAUUACCGAAUGAAUAGUUCUACAGUACAUUGCACUUAACUUCAUUCUUUAAAUUUACAUUGUUUUCCUUUGAAAUUUAGACCCUUCUGUAUCUGUCAUUUGUUUGGUUCAGAUACAAUUUGAUAUUAACUCUGACAUAGAAAAUUGUUAAAACCGAUUAUUCAUCAAAGGGACUUAUUACUAAUGACCAUCUGAGGAUACGUUGGUUGAUUAAAAUCAAUAUUGAAAUUUAUGCUACACCUUAAUAAUGAGAGCAAUUCUAAAGCUUAAUUAUGAAAUGAUGAUACAAUAUUUUAAGGUAGUAAAACAACAAACCUAUGCUUCAGGGAAUUUCAAAUGACUUAAUAUGAUCCAUUGCAUUUGUAAGUGGCAUACUGAAAUAUAUUUAAAUUCCAGUUUGGUUUUCUUCCAACAAAAAUAAGAAGUGUUGUGCAACCUUAGACUUCUUAAACUGAAAUGUUCUAUCCUGUCCACUAUUUAAUCUUUUUGUGCCUUGAAGGGAAUGUCUCACAAGGAAAAGGAAGAGUAGAAAUUAUAUAAUUUAUUCCCAGUGUGGCUACAGGAUUUUGUGUCAUUGAAAAGAAGCAUUUAGUAUCUCAAGUUUUUAGUCUCCAUCAGGUUGUGGAGCACAUUAAGGAAAAAAAUGGCAAAUUAUAUUUGCAGUUUUUUCUGUACUCUGUUUUUUGAUCACUGUAGUUUGAGAAGUUUAUUUUUAUUGUGAGUUUUAGUUGAGAUCAUUUCAAUUGAUAGCAGAAAUUUUACCUUUUUUGUAACAGAUCUAAGUGUCAGGUUAUUUUGCUAUCACAGGGUUGCAUCAACAGGGAGUUUCUACUAAAGAGAAACAAGAUGUGUAUCUGCUUAGAAUAAAUCACACUUUCUCAUACUGAUAUGAAGCUUCACUUGUACUGGCAAGAAAACUGUUAUUUUUUAAAAUAAUUUUGUGAGACAUGCAUUUUGAAGAACUUAACGUAAAACUCAGAACUGGAUUUAAGACAACAACCAGUGGAUAGAGUUUUUGCUUGUGCAUUAUGUCAUGUACAAGUAUUUCAUAACCUCUUCCAUUUGCUUAGUAGAUUUGCCACUCCAAAUCUCUAAUUGGAUUAUAGCAAAAAAAAGUUCCCUUGUAUUUUUUUUUUAAUUUAACUAACUGUUACUCUAAAUUUAAACAUAGCUUGCACAUCUAAAUGAGAAUAAGGUUCUUAAAUUUAGAACAAUGUUAGCACAUAAAAUCAGAAAAAAAUAAACAUGUGACUAAUUGAAGCCAGCAGUAAAACAUCUAUCCAGACUUACAGUAAUGACAUAAAUAUUUGGGGGUAAUUUUUAUUUAUUUUUAUUUUCCUAAGGAAUGCUUAUGAGCUCUUAAGCUGUCCUCUGUUUACUAAAGACAAUUAGAAAAAAAAAGCUUUUCUAAGUAAAAUUUUGCUCCAGUUUAGAUUGUGUAAAAUCACUUAGAAACCUGAAAUUUUCUAGCAUUGUAAUUGUGUGUGUAUUUAGCAUCCUGUGCUGUGUGAUACAGUAGAUCUCUCUUUAGCUUGAGGAAACUUCCUGGCAGGUAGAUUUAAUUAAAAUAAAAAUCUGCUUACAUUUCUAGCUACUGAAUCUGUUUUCCUUUUUAACAAUUUUUUCCCAUUGUGAAUGAGAGCCAUGUAAACUGUUACUCAAUUAUUUACAGUAGUCUGUCUCUUAUGCAUUUUUCUUCUGUAAUUUAUACCAUGUGGAUGUUCUGUAUGUAGAAAAUGCUUGACAAAAGGAGAAUAAACCCUUUCAAUUUUAAAUGUUCUUGACUUCAGUGAA